AUGCUUCCUCGCACUGACAUCCUCGUGUGCCAAGCAGGCUCCUGCCGCCGGGCGGGGUCGGAGGCCGUACUCGUCGAGAUCGAGGAGUUGACAAAAGGCAUUCAGAAUUGCAGAGUGAAUGCCGCCAACUGCCUCGGGGCAUGCGAUUCGGCUCCGAGCACACUGGUCUGGCGCGGCGGGAGGGAGCGGCUAUUCACCAAGAUCAACGAGACUGAGAAGAGUGUUCGCAUCGUUGAAGCCGCCACGGGGGUGAAACUGAAUUUGGAUGAUCCCGAGAUGUUGCAGCGCAUGGCCGUUGCCAGGCAAACACGGGUCCGCCAGCAAGCUUGUCUGGAGAGCAAGUGGAAUUUAGCCCUAGCCGGGAUGCGCGAACAGGUCAGCAACGCUUGCCAGAAGCGACGUCUGAAACUGCAGCUGGAGUUUGGUGAGCUCCUCCACAAAGCUGGCCUCUGGGAAGAGUCCUUGGAGCAACUGGCUCAAGUACAAAAAGCGGCCCCAUCGAACCUCGAAGUCAUCAUGGGGAACCUCGAAGUCAUCAUGACGCUGGCGCAGAUCUUCGCCAACCUGGGGCGAGCCGAGGAAAUCACGAAUCUCGAGAAUCAGGUGAAGCGCAUUUGCUGUGAUCCGGAGGAUGGUCGUCUGGAGAUCGAGCUGCUGUCUCGACUCAGCAAGUUCCAAACCGAAGCGGCGAGUAUAGCGAGCGCGCUCCCCGAUGCCCUUUGUGAUCGUCGAGUCGAGAGCUAUGCUGUCUGGCAUCUGGAGUCUGUGACUGUCGUUUCGAAGCACUCAGCCGUCUACCGCUUCAUCUCGAGGGACCGCAAGCGAGGCACCCCCAACCCUCGAGGGCGCGGAAGAAGUGUCUGGCCCAAGAUAUGGCACACAACCUUGCUGGCAACACUGGGUGCCAAUGCUGAAGGUCCUUUACCUUGGCUGGAGCGUGACUACACGCCAGUCAGCACGUCCCAGGAGUGGGAAAAAGGUCACUGUGACCUUCUCGUCAAAAUCUAUAGGGAUGGCAAGGCAACUUCAUGGUUGAGCCAGCAGCCAAUCGGCGGCAAAAUUUGGCUCUCGCACCCCAUGAGGACUGUAGGUGUUCCGAGCUUGGUAUCCGAGUUGAAUGAAGCUGCCUUCAGCCCUGCCAGCUAUCUCCUCAUCCUUGCUGGGACCGGCAUCGUGGUCGCUGAACAAGUCUUACACCAUACACAGGCAGGCAAGUGCUUUGGCCCCUCUCCAGCCAUCCGAUCCCCCAUUAGGCUCAUACACUCAUGCCGGUCAGACGACAUUCUCAUGACCUCCGAGCUACUGGGCUGGUGUAGCAGUGGCUUAGUAGCUGAGUGA